AUGGAUCAAGACAUUGGCAUGGACUCCUUGCUGGACCUCAGCUUUCUGACUGAGGAGGAGCAGAACGCCAUUGCGGAAGUGCUGCGGAGAGACUCGCAGCUGCGGAUGUCAGAGGAAGGACGCAUCAGGUGAGAAGCAGCUUUGUGGGGGUAGCUCCAACAUGUAUGGACACAGAGGCUUCCUUAUACCAGGACCAGCUGGUGAAGACUGGUGCAUUAGGGCACUGCCCCACCUGCUGGGGGUCCGCUAAUCGGGCCCAAGCUGCCUUGGUCACUGAAAAGCCAAUAAAUGCCGUAGGCAGAGGAGAUUCCCAUAAGCACUAAUUUAUUCAGCUGAGUAAAACAGAGCGGCCAAGCCACACUCACCAGUGUGAUGGUGAAGCCGCUGCAAAUAGCCUUUGUUCAUACUUUUUAUAGGCACCCCCCUCCCUUUCCCCCUUUCGAGGUUCCUUGUGCUGAUUGAAACCGGACACCCUGCCUGGAGACCUUGAAGGGGAGAGUGCCGGGCAGAGGGAGGUUUUCCUGAAAAUUGCCUAGCAACGUUAUCUGGUCUUCACAUAUUUGUGGCUCACCCUCCUAAAUUCUAAAGCAGGCAGUUUUUCACAGAAGCAAAAUGGCAUCAGUUAGGCUAACCAAAAAACAGGACAAGGACAGGGCUCUGGGGCUCUUCCUGAGACCCCACACACCUACCCCAGUCUGCCCUCAGCAAGCCUCCACCUGCCUUGCUUGCCUUUCCAGGUUUGUGGCACUGAUAGUCUCAAUGAUACCCUUGAAGAACUCAGCAGGGAGGAGGCUGGGGACAAAACUAGACUUAGUGGGCUCUGCUAAAAAGUGAAAGAUAUACAGCUGAGGAGAAAAUAACAGGCUGAGAACCUCUCCCUCUCUUUCUCUCAUUAUGGCAACUGGCUGAAAAGCAAUACAAAACAAACUGGCUAGGCUGGUUUAUUUUGUAUUCUGCCGCUCCCCCCCCCCCCAAUCCUAACUUGAGUUCUGUUAACAAAGGAGCACACUUUCUUUAGCUGGAAUGGAGCAAAUCGUAGCUAUAAUUCACCUGAGUCAGUAAAAAUUCUGGGAGGGGCCCUGGCUCAGUGGCAGAGCAUUUGUUUUACAUGCACAAGGUCCCAGGUUCAAUUCCCAGCUUCUCCAAGUAGGGCUGGGAGAUCAUCUGCCAGCCAGUGUAAACAAUACUGAGCUAGAGAGCCCAAUGGUCUGGUUUGGUAUAAGGCAGCCUCCUUUGAUUCUGUCUGUAUAGGAAGGAAUUCUUGGGGGCAGGUGGAGGAUGAAUUUUUUCAGUCCCUGGAUUCUCUCUUCGUGGGCAUUUGGCGUGGAAUUUAUGAGGCACCUUUGGAAGGAUUUCCUAGCUCAGCUGCCUGAGUGGAAAUGGUUUUCAGAAAUGGUUCUGAGCUGAAAUGGUUCUGAAAUGUGGUGCCCAGUGAUGGGGAGUUGCAGCUGUUGUGCAGCUUUUGGCAAUUGCUGAAGAUGUGCCGUUUCACCCUGGCCUCAGACACCUGCGAUAUAUGUUUUCAGGCCCCACCCUGUUCCUGUGACUGCAGUUGGCUUUAGUUGUUUUUAAUGCUGAAUUUAAAAUUGUUGUAAACUGCCCUGGGAACUGCUGGUAAAGGGCAUGUCGUAAAUUUUAUUUUUAUUAUUUCAUAUGAGCCAAAGCCUGCAACAAAAUGUUGCAGCAUGAAGUGCUUCAGUUCAGAAUUCUAGCCAGCCAGCCAUGCCUUCUUCCAGGGUGCUACCAUUCUGUCACCCCACUCCACAAUUUUUCACUUUCUGCCCGCAAAAGUCAGUCAGCAUUCCAUGGCCAGAUAGAUAGCAGGCAAUGGGGAUCUUUGACCCUCUAUAUAUUUGAACUACAGCUCUCAUAAUUCCUGGCUAUUAGCAGUGCUGGCUGAGGCUGAUGAGAGAUGGAGUCUAUCAACAUCUGGGGGUGGGACACAGGUUCUGCAUCUCUGGGAUAUAGGAUAGGGUUACUUAUUCUGAGACAGUCGGCACAACAUUACAUAUGUCAAUUCAGAAGUAACUCCCAUCGAGUUCAGUGAGGGUUACUCCCUGGUAAAUGUGCCUAGAGCAGCCUGAGAUUCUGCUCUAGAGAAGCAAUCCUCACCUGCCCGCUUCUCUUUCUUCCCUCAAGCAAACUGCGUGAGUCCGUCUCGGAUCCCAGCUGGUUGAAGAUCCUGUCAGGGGACUGGUUCUGCGAUGUCCGUUCAAAGCGGCACCGGCACAAUCAUUUUGGCUCAGACAUUGUCCGGGCUUCCAUCCGUCGCAAGAAGAAACCCAAAGGUAAGGGAGAGAGAAGACCCUCCUCCUGGCUGCCAUCCCUGCAGUGCUAAAGUGCUGGUCUCUCUCCUCACACUUCUAAACGGGGGGCAAAAGGGAUGUGGAUGUAUUUAAGUCCACAAGUGGGAUGGGGGAGUCUGUGGUCCUUCAGGUGUUGUAGAACAGGGGUGCAAAACCUCAGACCUGUGUGCUGAAUGUGGCCCUCUGGACCCCUCUAUCUGGCCCUCAGAAGUUUCUCUAGUCACAUACCAUCUCCCCGAGUCACUCCUCUCACUUGCUCUGCAUUACAUUCUCCUUGGGUGUUUUUGCCUGGCUAGAAUGUGCCCUUGAACAAUUAAUAAUAAUCAUAAUAAUAUAUGUAUUACCCACCCUUCACCCUAAGGUCCUAGGGCAUGUUACAACAUUAAAACACAAUAUUAAAGACAGUUUAGAAUACACACACAAAGAUAUGUACAAGGCGUGACUGGAAAGUUCAGUGAAUGGCCGCAGAAAUCGUACAGUGAGAAAUAUUUGAACAUACAAUCGGCAUCAGAAACCCAGGAAAUGCUCACAAUUGUGUACUGAGAUGAAGCUGUAACUCGAAAGACAGUGUAUGAGUGGUUUAAGCGUUUCCGUGAAGGGCGGCAAACCAUCGAAAAUGAUCUUCAGUCUGGCAGACCCUCAACAAGCAGAAUGGCGAAAAAUGUCGACAGAGUUCAUGAGUUAUUGAUGCGGGAUCGGCGUUUGUCCGUCCGAAUGAUGGUGAAAGAAUUGCAUAUUCCACGUGAAAUCGUUAACUGAGGUCACUGAGUUGUCCCACCCUCCAUAUUCUCCCGAUCUGGCCCCACCAGAUUUCUUUCUUUCCCCAAAACUGAAAUCUGCACUGAAAGGGCACAGAUUUUCCAACAUUUCACACAUCCAAGCUGCUGUGAGGAGGGAACUGAAAGCAGUAUGAAAAGAGAACUUCUCCAGAAGUUUCCAACAGUUCUACGAACAUUGUCAAUGGUGCCUUGUAUCAGAGGGGGGCUACUUUGAAGGCCUGUAAGGUAUGUAUGUUCAAGUAUUUCUUGCUGUCCGGUUUCUGUGACCAUUCACUGAACUUUCCAGUCACACCUUGUAUAUGUGUGUGUCUGUAUGUAGAUGCACACACACACAAACAUACACACACAAACAUCUGUCUCCUCUUGCUUGCUUGGAUGGAGGAUAGAGAUGGGUGUGUGUUGAAACUAGCCUGCCAUACAAGGGUAAAAUUUAUAUUUAUUGUCCUGCCUGCUUUUGCCCCUGGCCCUGCCCACCAGUUGCAUGUGCCCCCCCCCCGAAGGGAAUGCGGCCCUCAGGGGAAAGACUCUUCCUCAUCACAAGAGCAUGAGAAGAGUGUGCUGGAUCAGGCCAAUAGCCCAUCUGGUCCAGAAUCCUCUAACUCCCAGUGGCCACCCAGAUGCCUGUGGGAAGCCUGCAAGCAGGACCUGAGCACAGGAGCACUUCCCCCCCUCCCCACAUGGCUUCCAACAAGCAACAUACGGAGAGACGCAGCUUUUACUUGUCACAAAGCAGGUGAACAGGACCCAAAGCAACGAGCCAGCUUAGGAGACCUGGAGGUGAUCAGUGAACCCCCAGCGGAGGAGGAGAACGUGGUGGAUGCAGUGGACGGGUGAGAAGCAUGGGCAGUUUGGGUGUGUGGACGGGGGGGACCUUGCCUUUUCAUUAGGGAAUGUUGGCUCCUCCAGGAGAGAGGGUCCAAUGUCUAAAAGGAGCCUCUCCACCCCCAUCAUUAUACCCGGACACUGAGGUCCAGCGCCAAGGGCCUUCUGGUGGUUCCCUCACUGCAAGAAGCUACGCCUUCUUGAUAGUGGCACCCACCCUGUGGAACGCCCUCCCACCAGAUUUCAAAGAGAACAACAACUACCAGACUUGUAGAUGAUAUCUGAAGGCAGCCCUGUCUAGGGAAGCUUUUAAUGUUUGAGGCAUUACUGUAUUUUAAUAUUGUCUUGGAAGCCGCCCAGAGUGGCUGGGGAAACCCAGCCAGAUGAGUGGGGUAUAAAUAAUAAAUUAUUAUUAUUAUUAUUACUAAAAGCUGGUUCUUAGGAUGAAUAGCAUCAGCUGAGGGCCAAAUGACAUCCUAUGUGAACUGCCAGGCUACCAGUCAUGUCUGGGGCUUAGAGGGGAAAAAAUCAAAUCCUUGGUAUUAAAUAAUGAGAGCAGCUUUGUUUAAGGUGGAUUGCAGCUUAGGGGUGGUUUUUAGUCAAGAUCGCAGCUGGGGAAGAAGGGUUAUACUUUAUGGAAUUCACUGGAACUCAGUUCUGGCCCCUCUCAGGUGGGCGGCAUAGCCAUUCUAAGAGAACAAGGGAGGUGUUCAUGGUAAUUUUUGGCACCUCUUUUUCUAGAAAAAAAUAGCACUGGUUAUACCAUCCCUCCCUACUGGUUGUGGUCCUGAUGAAAAUUGGAGGGGCUUUUGCACCUAGGGUUACCUUUUUAAAAUAUCCUGAUGUGUCUGAUAGCCAAGCAGUUAGCAUAGCGUACCAUUUAACCCUAAACAACCAAGAUGGAUAAAGAAGAUAAAUAUUUUUAAAGGAGGCAGUGUUUUAGCACAGGACUGGGGAACCUCUGGCCCUCCAGAUGUUGGUGGAUUACAGUUCCCGUCACUCCUGAUUUUUGGCCCUGCUGGCUGGGGAUGAUGUCAGAGGGGGUGCAUUAUCUGGACGGGCCAACAUCUCCAUGAUUUAACACAAGAGUUCCAAAACUGUGGUGUGUGGACCACCAGUGCUCUGUGAGCUUCAUUCAGGUGGUCCAUGGCAUGUCUGUGGAUUUGAGAUUGAAGACAGGAUUUGGCACCUGCAUCUCAUCAAAGGUUCAUCUUGAUUUUUAAAUCUAUUCAUGUUGCUUCUUUUAGUUCUUAAAUUGUGUUUUAUGUUUUACAGUAUGCAUUCUGUGGAAUUUGAACUGUAACACAAUAACAUGCAGUAUAUAAGGAAUAAAGGAAGCAAUAAAAAUGCCGUCGGAAAUCAUGCGGCAUCUAGCACAGCACAUCUACAACAGGCAGAAGAAUCAUUAAGACCCUAAAUAAUUUUCAAGUUGUCCAUGGGGGCAGAUGGGGGAAUUUGGGAACCACUGGCUUAAUAGAAUCUUGUAGCUACAAAGAUGAGGCUGCAAUCCUAAACCAGUUUACCUGUGAAUAAGCCUCAAUACCUGCGAAUAAGCCUCAAUAGCUUCUGAGUAGGCAUGUUUAGAAUUGCAUUGCUUAGCCAAGUUGCUGGGCAAGAGGAGAGGGCAGCAGUGACUGCUGUUUGCCUGUAUGUAAGCAGGGGGCAGAUUCCUGCAAAGAAAUAUGGAUUUUAGCAAACCAAAGACUGAGUACAUGUCUUUAUCUCCUUUCUGCACUAGCGGAAUGUGUUUGUGAUAAGGCUGUGGUCUAAGUUCAUCAGAAAGUCAGUGAGCAUUAGCUGAGAUUGGCGUUGGGUCUUAGAGGCUCACCAAAGAUCUGCAUGACUUCCAAGUGAAUUAUCAGCAUCCUUUUUUAUGUGUAAAUGUGUUUAUAUUUGAAUGUAUUUUUAUUCGUGGUUAAGAAUAUUGGGAACUGUACUUUACCCCUCAAAGAGCUACAGUUUCCAGCAAUGUUAACAAACUACAGAUCCUAGGAUUUUUCGGGUGUGUGCUUCAAACGUAUGAGAUAGAUGCAGAACUUGCUCCUUGGAGAAAAAAGAAAAUAAUUUUAUGAACCAGAGAGCUUUCACCUAAAGAGGGAAAAUCUCUCCAUUUCUUCAUAGGCUCCCAAGUGAGACAGAUCCUCAGACAUCCAUGUCGAAAGAGACUCAGGUGAGUUCACUUGGCUGGUGGGGUGAGCUUCACUGUGAUAACAAAACCUAUUUGACAGGGGGGCGGAAUAGGAAUAUAGAAAGCUGCCUUACACCACUGGCCCAUCUAGUUCAGUACUGCCUGCACUGAUUGGCAGCAGCUGCCCAGGUUUUCAGACCAAAAGGUUAGUACUGCUCAGAGUAGAUCAAUUGAAAUUAAUGGGCAAGAUUAAUUUAGGUCCACUAAUCCCAAUGGGUCUACUCUGAUUUCAGUUUAGUUGGAUAUGACCCCACGAGUCUUUUCCAGCCCUACCUGCAGAUGCCGGAGAUUGAACCUGGGACCUUCUGCCCACAAGGCAACAAGCCUUCUCUUCAUCUCCCAUUUAUGGAAGGGCAUCUAAUAUUCCAAGUGGGUUUUGAUAUUGGGGCUUGUGUUGUGUUUCAAAACAAAAGUCCUGGAGCAGCACCUAGCACAUUUUGAACAUAAGGAGAGUCAUACUGGGUCGCACCAAAGACCUGUCUACUUUUCCACAGUGGCCAAUAGUCCUCUCCCACCUGUGUUCCCCAUCGACUGGCAUGCUGUCUGGAGGCAGGAGAUAACUAGCUUGUCUAGCAGCUCUUGAUAGCCAGACCUUUAAAGCCUAUUUGAAACACAUUUUCUGCCCGCUGCCUCAGCAGGAAUACAGUAGUACCUCGGGUUACAAACACCUCGGGUUACAGACUCUGCUAACCCAGAAGUAGUACCUCGGGUUAAGAACUUUACCUCAGGAUGAGAACAGAAAUCAUGUGCUGGCGGUGCGGCGGCAGCGUGAGGCCCCAUUAGCUAAAGUGGCACCUCAGGUUAAGAACAGUUUCAGGUUAAGAACGGACCACCGGAACAAAUUAAGUAUGUAACCAGAGGUACCACUGUACUGGAAAUUGUAGUUUACUCUUCACAGUCCUGCAGUUCCCAGCACUCUUAACAGAUUGUAGUUCCCAGGAUUCUUUGCGAGGAAAAAUAAAACAAGCUUUUGAACGUGUGUGUGCCGCCUGAGUCAGACUGAUGGUCUGUUUGGCACAGCAUGGUCUACUCUGACUGGUAGCCGGUCUCCCAAGUUCUGUUGUGGUCCCUGACCUUUUGUCUUAGCAUUUUAGCAAGAGAUGACGGGUGCUAAACCCGGGGCUUCCUGCAUGCAAGUGUGUCGCUGCCACUGAACUGCGGUCUCUGCUUUUGGUUAGACACAAGCUCAGCGGUUUCUGCUUGAGAUAAAGGCCAACUUGAGCUUUCCAAAUAGUAAAUCUAUCUUAUCUGCCAUGUGUGUGUGUGUAAAUAACUAUCUGUGGCCAGAGCCAGAGCCAAAAAAGGGGUGGGACCUGUUUUCCCUCCUUCCACUGCUUCACUCUCUCUUUCUGCCCCUCCUUGCCUUUCAGGCUGCAGGGAGCAGGAUGUGAGGCAAAUGUAUGACCUGACAGCUUGCAGAAGGCGUUUGAAGAUUGGGAGGGGGGGCAUGCCCACCUCCAGGGCUGGCCCUGCACAUUUUUCAGGCUGAGGAAUAGGUCACGGUGGUGCCCCCUGCCCAAAUUUCUCCUUCUAUGUUCAGAAGGCAGCUGAAUUUUAGCCCAUACCUUGGCCACAUAUUUAAAGCGCUCUUAUUACCCAUUAACAGUAAUAGCUUCCCCCAAAGUAUCCAGGGAGUUGCCGUUUGUUAAGGGUGCUGAGAAUUUUAGGAGACAACCCUAUUCCCCUCGCUGGGCUACAAUUCUCAGAGUCUCCUGGGAAGAGGGAUUGCCUCUGGGAAUUGUAGCUCUGUGAGGGGGAUAGGGGUCUCCUAACAGCUUUCAGCCUCCUUAACAAAAAACCAAGGGUUUUUAAUAAUAAUAAUAAUAAUAAUAAUAAUAAUAAUAAUAAUAAAAUAAACCUUUAUUGUCACUACACCAUCUGUGUGCAGUGAAAUUAAACGAGCCCCCCAAGGAGCUGUGCACUUUAAAUAUAUGGUGUGUUGUAACCAGGCUCUUAAAUCUGAUGUGCAAUGAGGUCUCCAGGGUUUGUUAGGUUUGUAGGUGGGCAGCAGCAUGGGGAGGGACGCUUGGGCAAAAAUGCCUGUGCUCCUUCUCUGAGUCGGCUCGCUUCCUCUCGGCUGCCGUCAUCGCUGCCUCUUUUCUUGCCCUCUCUCUGUGUGUCCCACCCACGCAGCCGCCCAAAGGAAGAGCACAAGCACAAACGGGGUGGGUGGGGGGUGGCAUUAUUCCAUCUCCAUGCUCUGUUCAGGCUAUGAGAGGAUUUCCAGGGAUUGGCAAAGGGCUCCCCUGCGGGGGUUGGGCCUUGGUAGAUGUCUGAUGAUGCCAGCUCAUCCUGACCCUGCCAAUAGGUCAGUGGGGAGCAGGCAACAGAAUGACACCAGCUGUUGGUGCUCCUGAAAAUGUCAAGGCACAGAUUUGGCUCCCUGAAUGAAACUUCAAAAUGAACAUGCUUUAAAAACAACAACAUCCCAGUUCCUCAUUUUGAGAACCAGGCUUCCUAAAACCUACAGGGAGAAGGCGGCUGGUCUUUGUUUGCAUUACUCUAAAUGCAGAAGGCAGCAGGUUUUUGUUUUUAUGUUUUUCACCUACAGAUCGUUUGCCUGGGAGGUCUGAGGUGCUUUCAUUAUCUGUGCUCCUUUGGCAUGAGUGUCACAGAUCAGCUUUCUGGAGGGAUGGGUGGUAGUAAUUGAUGCUGUUUGCAUAUGCAGAUAAGAAUCCAAAUACAUUUCCUAUUAUCAGACCAUUUGUAGUCAUUAAACCCAGCUUGUGGCUUCUCUCUCUCUCUCUCUCUCUCUCUCUCUCUCUCUCUUUCUCUUUCUUUUUAGAUGGCUGACUUGACUUUGCAAGAUGUGAUCCAGUCCCCAGAGCAGAUACCUGAAAACAAGCCAGGUAAAAUAACAGCAUCAACAACAGCAUCACACACAGGGUGGUGUUCAGUUACAUUUUACUGAAGAGUAGACCCAUUGAAAUUCAAGGGCCUAACUUUGCCAUGUUCAUUCAUUAUGGUGGGUCUACCCUGAGUAACACAUAGUUGAAUGUCACCCAGUGUGUGUGCAUGCGUGAGACAGUGUGUGUGCAUGCGUGAGAAAAAGCAGAGGUUAAGCAAACUGGACUAUUAUUGAGACAGUGAUUUCCAAAGUCCCAGGGCAGGUUGCAGCACACUUUAAUCCAGUUCUGCCUCCCUUGGCGGCGGCUGAAAGGUGUGUGUGACAUGCAGCACAGGGAAGCUGAGGUUCCCAAGCAAUUUACUGCCUUGUACAGCAUCAUGGCUGGCUGAGCCACCCAUCAGGAAGACCCUGGUUCAAAUUUCACCACAGACCAUUCAUGGUGAAGUGGCUUGAUAACGCCACAGCCUCUUAGCCUCAGUCCUUCAUCAGUAUUAUGGGAGUCGCCUACCAGGUUGUUGCAAGGAUAGCAAGAAGACUGUGUUUCUGAAGCUCUUUGGAGGCUUGGAAGCACGAUGCCCUGCUAUGUAUUUGUUCUACUUCAAUCUUGCACAGAACUGAGUUUCCCUCCCUCCCCUAAUGUCCCUAUCUUUUAAUGUAGAGAGAAGCGACUCGUUUAGUAGCCUCAGCUCAGAGACUGGAGAAGAGGAGCAGCAGAACAGCAGUGUGCCAGCCAUCAUGGUCACCAUGCAGGUAUGAGGUGUUGCUAGGCAAGUGAAUAACAUCUUCCCUCUGGACCAGGGGUGGGCAACCCACAGCCCUCCAGGUGCUGUUAGACUACAGCUCCCUUCAGCCUCAUCCUGCAAAGCUGGUGUCCAGGAAUUAUGCGAGUUGUAGUCCAGCACUAUCUAGAGAGCUACUGGCUGCCCACCCUUGAUGUGAGCACUGUGUACUCUAAAUAGAGGCCUGAGUAAACACAAGCCAAGUAAAAACUAUUGUGUGUCCUAGUGCAUGGGACUUGAGACUGGGUUAAGAUUUAUGUUCUGUCAUGGAGAAAUUGAGUGGCUGUUUUGUUUAUGUUUAUGUCAUCAUAGAAUUAUAGAGUUUUCUCUACCCCAAUUCCCAAUCUGGAAAAUUGGGUACAACCUGUCCAUCAUUUGCCCUCACUGAAAGAGUUGAGGGUUGUUAUUGUUGUUUUUUUUAAAAAUCACUCCUGUGGCACAGAAAGUUCAGCUCUGCCUGCAUCAUUGGUAUUUGAGUAGCUCUCUUACUCAGUGGUGUCCUGCAGCUCAAAAGUCCAGAAAUUGCCAUUAUUAAAAGGUGCUACAUUGUAGGAAGGCUGUGAGGAUAAGCUCCCGUUUUCCUAAUUGUUUUUCUAGAAGCAUAGAGUUGGAAGGGACGCCAAGGGUCAUCUAGUCCAACCCCCUGCAAUGUGGGGCUCAAACUCAUGUCCCUGAGGUGCAGAGUCUCAUGCUCUCCCAACUGAGCUGUUACCUACCUUGUCUUUUACAUCCUUAGAGCAACGAGAGUCUUGAAAAUGGCCAGGAAAGCACUUUGGAUACAUCACCUCCAAAGAACAAUGCAGUGGGUUCCCGGAAUAAACUGAUGAGCACCAGUUCCUCGUUUUCCAGUCUAAGCUCAUCCACAGUAUGUGACUGGGGAGGGGUGGGAGGAGCAGUGGCUCAGUGACGGGGGCAGCUUUUUAGCAUGGGGAAUGGAAGAGAAAAUAUAUCGACUUUCACUUUACAAUCUGUCAGGGGGCUAUCAGGGGAGCAGGUUCAUCAACAGGUCAGAAGGGAGACUCAAAAGUCAGCUGUUUUAUUCAGGAAAUUAGUAUACCACAGAUAUCACUCAGGUACAGCUGCCUUCAGUGAAGGCAUUGCCAAGACUGGCUCUUGACACCUCCUCCUCCUUCUAAACCAGAGGUCGGCAACCUAAGGCCCAUGGGCCGGAAGUGGCCCAUGAGGGUCACUUAACCGACCCAUGAGCUGCCCCCGAACCGAGCCGCCUGCUCGGCGUGUCCCUGUGCACUGCGCUAAACCGCUGCAAUGCAGCGCGGGGACUUUCUUCCACGGCUCUGGAAACAGCUUCUGCGCAUGCCCAGACACACCAGAAAUGGCUUCUGCGCAGGCAUGAUUUUCGGCGUCUGGGCAUGAGCAGAAGCAAUUUCCGGCGCCACAGACAUGCGCAGACAUGAUUUCCGGUGUUGCGCUGCGCUGGUCGGGCCCACAGAGGAUCUCCAUGGGAGUGAUCUGGCCCCAUGCCUUGCCAAACCCUGCUCUAAACCUUUUCCGGAUGUCUUCCAAGCAGACACAAAUUCUGGAGGGUAGGAGCUCACCCCACCCCACCCUGGGCUUUUCUUGCUUUCUGUUCAGCUAUGUGUAAAGUUCUGUGUGACCUUGGAGUCAAGGAACAAGGGGAACUCAAUGCAGAGGGACUGGGCAACUGUGAAACUGUUGCCCCUCCUUGUCUUCUCCUUCAGAUCCUGAACUCAAAUUGUGUCCCUCUGCACCCAGUCCUGUCCUUGGAGGGCUCCCUGCCUCUGGUUCUUCUUCUUCACUAAGCCUCCUGUGCCUUCCACCUCCCAGCUUCCUCUCUCCUCUGAUCUGUCUUCUGUGUCCCACCACCAGUCCCCUGGGUCUGAGGCUUCUUCCUCCAUGGCUUCCCUAGGGGGUUUCUCAGCUGGAGCCUCCCACCACCCGUCAUCAUUCCCAGCCAGUUCCAGACAAACGUCCCCCCAUUCGUUUUCCUCCCCACCAACCCCACAGUUCAUACGAUUGGGAAGUGUGCGCAAAAGUGCAUAAAUGAAAAUGACACACACAAAUACAUUAUAUUAGGGGAAAUUUCUUGGACGAAUGUGUAUGCUAGGCAUUUUUCACAUGGACUUUUAAAAAAAUGCAAACGGAUGUGGAAAUGGCGCACACUGAAUUUAAGAUUGGAAAAAUACAGAAACUGAGAAAAGCCAAGAGGUACUUCUGUCCAUUGCUAGUCUCCAGGAGGACCCUCUCUUUUGGAAGUAAAAGCACAGAUUAUUUGUUUUUUAAAAAAGGUAGGGCAGUGAGGGUAGAAGGAGACAAAACUGUACAACGAAAACCAUAGAAUCACAGAACUGUAGAGUUGGAAGGGACCAUAAGGGUCAUCUAGUCGAACCCCCUGCAAUGCAGGAAUCUUUUGCCCAGCAUGGGGCUCAAACCCACAACCCAGAGAGUCUCAUGCUCUGCCGUCUGAGCUAUGCACCCUUUUAAAGGGAGGUUGUCACCUGCCCUGGGAUGGCAUCCGAUUGGUGAAUAGAAUUUUUUUUAUUUCAGAAAUCCCUGUGGAAACCCUUAAAAUUGCCAUUAAGGCUACAGAAAAUGAAUUGGCUCCAAAGGCCCAUCAGGCUUAGAUGAAUUGAUUUCUAGUUUCAGAAGUCAGAUUUGCAUUUCCCCUCUGCUCACACCAAGGAUUUCCCCCCUUUUGUUUCUUAGCGAGUGGCAAAGUAAUUUAUUGCAACCAAGAGCAGGAUUCCUUUGCACAGGGUACACUUGGGAAUAAUGAGCACUUUUACAUGUUCUCUUUCAUCUUCGCCUGUGAAGGCUCAUUAUGGAGAGCUCUGGGUUCAUCCCGGAUCUCCUGUCCCUCAUCCAUGCUCUCUGUUUGGAUCCUGCCUCUUUUGACCCUGAUCCCGCCUGCUUUGUUGCAGAUGAGUGGCAGCAUGAUGAGCGUGUUCAGUGACAACGACAUUGGAAAUGUGGACGUCCGCGGCUGCAUCCAGUUCUCCCUGCAGUAUGACUCCAGGAAGAAGGCGCUGCAUAUUCAAGUCAUCCAGUGCCGAGACUUGGCUGAAGCCAAGAAGCAGCGAUCAGAUCCGUAGGUUUGGGGUUGGGGGGCUUAGAAUCGUAGAGUUGGAAGGGACCCCAAGGGUCAUCUAGUCCAACCCCCUAAAAUGUAGGAAUCGCAGCUGAAACAUCCAUGACAGACCACCAUCCAACCUCUGCUUGCUCUUAGCUGUCACUUGUCAGCUUCCGUGCAACUCCCUUGAUCUAUCCAAGCAGCACAACUAUUGCAGGUGGGUUUUUAGAGCAGGUGCAGGGAACACCAAACCCAGCGGACAAAUGGGGCCCUCAAGCCCUUUCUGUUUGGCCCUCUCCCCAGACCACACCUCUCCCUGGCCCUGCUUUGCACCCCAAGAGUUUUUGCCUGGCUGGAAUGUCUGAUGACACCUCUUGCUUGUCUGGAUGGAGCAUAUGUGAUUGCAUGUAGAAAUUAGCCUAGCUAGCACACCAAAGUAGCAUUAACACCACUGCUCUUCCUUCUUCCUCCCAGGUACGUCAAGUCCUAUCUCCUUCCUGACAAAUCCAAUCACAGUAAAAGAAAAACUGCUGUCAAGAAGAGGAGCCUAGAUCCCAUCUUCAACGAGACCCUUAAGGUGAGGGUUGUGAGAGCACUUUAAGGAGGAUGUGGAUGAAUUCAGGCCCGUGCAGAAAGAGGGGCAGCCAGGUACACUUGCCCUGGGCCUUGGAGGGCUAAGCUGGCAGGGGGGCCUUGCCAGGGGCCUGCUGGACUUACAUUGUCAUGCCAAGAAUGCCCUGUUUUUCCCAGCCGAUGGGGGACUCCUGCCCUGGCCCUCAGACAAGCUCUGGAUGGGCCUGGGUGAACUGGAAAGGGUUCAGAGGACUGCAAGGAAGACAGGCAGUGGGGUAUGGGAAAAGAGUCCUGUGAGGAUGGGUUGAAGGAGCUGGGCAUGUGUAGCCUAGAGAAGGGAGUGUUAGACAGGGACUAGGAUACCACUCUUUAAAUACCCAGACUACCCCCAGGCAAAAGAGGACUUGGUUGCCCCAGGCGGCAGGACUAUAUCUUAUGAACUUAACUUGCAGAAGGGUUGAUUAGGCUCGUUCCCAUUGUUUUGUUUUGUUCUCCCUUUUCUUGCUUCUCUCCUCUUCCUGCCCUCCUGCAACAUUCCUGGCUUUGCAGUACAAGAUUGAGAAAGCUGACCUGCAAGGCCGGAUCCUGAACCUCUCUGUCUGGCAUCACGAUGCCUUGAGCCGAAACCUCUUCAUGGGAGAAGUGGAGAUUGCGUUGAAUUCCUGGGACUGGAGCAACACGAGUCCUCAGUGGUACAACCUCCAGCCUAGGGUAAGUUUCCUCCAUACAGAAAUUGCAAAAUGAUAUAAACGGCUCUGUCGUAAGACAAACGAGCAAAACUACAGCAACCAAUGGUCCUGGCAACACCCUAUUUCCCUCACCCUAUUUCACUGGUGGCUGCUCACACAUUUUCCCUGUUGCCCCGCUCCCUCAUUUUUAGCUUACUAGGGUGCUGCUUUAUACUGAGUCCAACCAUGGCUCUGUCCAGCUCAGCAGGGACUGGCAACGGCUCUCCAGUGUUUCAGGCCAGGGUCCUCUUCCAGCCCUCUCUGGCAACCACAGAGGUUGGGCCUGGAACCUUCUGUGUUUGGAGCAGUUGCUGUGCCACUGAGCUAUGACUGUGCCCAUUUGGACACCUCUUUUGCGAGCAGAGUAACUGGAAGAAAGCAGACAGUUCAGGGAGAAAAGAAACUGGUCACAUUUUACCACUAGCAAGCUGAACAGAAAAUGGGGCUUGUCUUUCCUAGGUCAGGGGGGAAACUCCUCUGAACAACCUUUUCCUCCCAUCUCCUCCAACUUUCAGGUCUCAAUCAACUUCUGGCUUCAAAUUCUUCUUCUUCUUCAUUGACAGCUAACUCCCAGACUGGCUCGAACUUGCAGCCAAUUGGAGUCUGUGGUCAUCCAGACCAAUUACAGAAUUAUCCUUGUGUCAUCUCUACUUUGUGCUUCCAGCACAUUUAAUGCAAGGCUGGGCAACACUGAGGGACCCGACUUGGGGGGGGGGCAGGAUUUGUGUGUCUGUGUAGUGGGGUGCAAGCUGGAAGUGGGCACAGCCAUAGCCUAAAAUGGGUGGGGAUGCCUUUUUUUCUCUCAGGCAUAGGCUUUAUGCCACAUUGAGAAUGAACUGAGCCCUGGUUUCCCAUUUGUUUUGCAAGCAGCGUUGGAAAUGUCACCUCUCCCCAAAGCUAGUUCACCAGGCUCAUGCAGUGCGGCAGGUAGAUUGUGGAGGUGGAUGGGGGGGGUUAGGACAGCAUAACUGGAUCUGCUGCACUGAGUGCUGAGCCUAGGGGGAGCCACAGGGUGUCGCAACUGUGAAGUAGUGCAUUGAGCAGAACGGAAGAUGAGAGACCGGGCUGCGGGUGGGCAAGGUCCACCCCUGAGGUAGAGCACAGCCAUGGUGGCUUGUAGCCACUGGAAGCCUUAUCCUCCGUGAGUUCGCCUCAUUCCCUUUUAAAGCCGUCCAAGCCGGUGACGAUCGCUGCGUUUAGCAAUUCCCUGGCGGCGUUUCCUCAGAGGGUGUGCCUGUGAAGGGCUCAGUGCAGUGCAAGUCAUCCCUGCAACCCAAGCAGCAACUGUGCUUAUUAUUCCACAAUAGUCAAAAGGGCUUGCUGCAUCAGUAAGCUGGUGCAAUCAGUGUCUGAGAGCCGUUGCAUAAACCCCCACAAACUGUUACAUUGUUUUUCUCCCCACCCCAAAUGCACCUCUUCCUCUUGAGCAUUUCAAAACCUGCUUCUGGAGAAUCACCCAAAACAAUACUCAGACACCACUCAGGGCUGGGCCUGUCCCAUCACUGCGUCUUAAACUAGAGGGUGAUUCAAGCUUUGUUCUCCUUUCUUAAACAUCCAGGGCUUUUUGCUGCUGUAUGGGUCAGCAACUGAAGGCCCAGGCCCAAUCUUGGCUCCUCAAGGGGCAUCUCUUGGCUUCAGAGCUGCCGACACUAGAGGAGGCAAAAGAAUGCUCUUUGUGUUUAUUCUUCUAUCUAUCUCCCAUCUUUCCUCCAAGAAGCUUCAGUUCUCCCCCCUCCCCAUUUUCUCCUCACAACAGGCCUGUGAGGUAGGUUAGGCUGAGAGCUGGUGAAUGGGCUGCCCAGUGGGCCUCAUGGCUGAGUGGCUGCUCUGAGCCCUGGUCUCCCAGCACUCAAACCACCACAACAGAUUCUCUGGACUGAAUAGCAACAGGAGUUGCAGAAAGAAUGUUAGAAAGUGGGUGGCUUUGAAAGAACGCGGGUCAAACUUACGGAGCAUAAGUAUGCUUCAGAGCACCAGUCAUCGGAAAUGGCAGGAUGGGAGAGGCCUCCUGCACUCAGGUCCCACUUGCAGGCUUCCCAUGGGCAUCCUUGGUUGACCACAGGAUGCUGGACUAGAUGGGUGACUGGCGGGAUCCCACAAGACUCUUCUUACAUUCAUCUCAAAGAGUAGCAAGGGGGAGCCUUAGUCCAUCAUUCCACAUGCCUUUCUCAAUAUGGGCCUCCAGCAAGCACCGUACUCCAGCAAGGAUAUUAUGUGUUUAUGUGAUAAACCAGGUCAGAUCAUUGGUUCUCCUAGCCUGCUGGCAGGGUCUCACGCAGAGGUCUGGAGAUGCAGGGGACUGAGCCAGGGCAGACGCACAGCAGGUGUCCUGCCAGUGAGCUCCUCCCCUUAAAGGGUGACAUUAGAUGGGAGUCUGAGCCUUGACUUUGCACCCUUUGAGAUGCCCCCUCUGAGAAGUCUAGUGGCUACACAGGGUGCCAUUUGCCUUUCCUGAGUUUCUUCCUUCCCUUUUCAUUUUAAGAAUACGCUAAUAGCUUUCUGUGCAUAUAGGAAACCACUUUAUACCGAGUCAGCCCAGUCUAGCUCAAUACUCUGACUGGCAGCAGCUCUCCAGUAUUCCAGGCCAGGGACAUUGCUUGCCAUACCUGGAGGCGCCAGAGAUUGAAGCCAGGACCGUCUGCAUACAGGGUGGAUGCUACUUCCGCUAACCUACAGACUGUCCUCUACUUUCUUGGUUGCAAAAUGUUUAAUGCAAGAUGUUCUAUUGACCAUGCAGGAACCUCCCAUGUGGGUGUUGCUGUUCCGUCACAGAGGGAGGAAGUGACACAGAAGGUUUUCUCUCCCCGCUCCCACCUUUUGUGAUGGAUUUCCUUUGCUUCUUUCCCAGACCCCAGUCACUCCUGAUGCUCUCUGCAGCCGUGGCAUCCUCAACCUGGCACUGAAGUUCAUCCCGGCUGGAUCAGGAGGUGAGAUCAAGGCCCUGUUUCUUCCAGACCUCCCAGCAGCAGCACCACCCUCUGGGUUUUUGGAUUGGGGUGGGAGGAUUUCUGCAAGCCCCCCCUCUCCCCGGUAGACAUUAGCCCAAUUUGACUUGGCGGGGGGGAGGGGAGAAUCCUUAAAGAAAUAAUGGGAAUCAGCCAGCCACGAACCAAACUGAUGUUCCAGAAUCUAAGACUUAAGUGAGAGGUGCUGGGAGGUGAGAGGCGGGGGGAAGCUGGAGGAAUCCUAACUUCCUUCAACCCUAUAGAGCAGGCAUCCCCAAACCCAGCCCUCCAGAUGUUUUGGGACUACAAUUCCCAUCACCCCUGACCACUGGUCCUGUUAGCUAGGGAUGAUGGGAGUUGUAAUCCCAAAACAUCUGGAGGGCCGAGUUUGGGGGUGCCUGCUAUAGAGGCUUGUAGACAGAAAAGUCUUGAGGAUGGAAGAUCUGCCGUGUACAUUGGGUGCCCAGGUGAGUUGUUGUUGCUGUCCUGACGGCAAAGGAAUUCGGUUGGUCUGAUGUCUUUGCGAAGAAGACAUGCCAAAUGUUCACCUGCCAUUUCUUUGCCUUUGCCUAUAUUAGCUGGACUAUUGGAAGCCCAAAGCAAUUUUGUUUAUUAUAUUUACAUAUCACUCAUCCAUCCAUUUUCCUUAUUGCACAGUUCAGCAGAGUAACUUGUAAAAAGGCUAGAAAAGGGGAGAGAAGGAAAGAACAGGCAGAUGAAUUAUAGCCUGAUAGAAUCAGGGAAUGGAAUGUCCCAGAGAGGUCCUGAUGUGGCUACAGCCCCAUUGGCCUAAAUUGUGUUUUGAGGGAUUAUCUGAACUGGGCAAUUAUUUAUUUGUUUCAAAUGUGUGUGUGGAACAUAGGAAUCUGCCUUAUACUGAGUCAGGCCUUUGUCUGCCUAACUCAGUGUUGUUCACACGGAGUGGCAGCAACUCUCUGGGGUUUCAGGCAGGGUUCUCUCCCAGCCCUACCUGGGACCUUCUGCCUGCAGGGCAGAUGCUCUCCAACCAAGAUAUGGCCCUUCCCUAGGGGUAUUGCUGUUCUUCUGGUAUUCACGGCGCCUUGACAAAAAAACCCUCAAAAAAACAUUGGUAUAAUAAAAACCAAAUGCCAGAGUUAAAAUCGAGAGAACAAGGUAGCAUUCUACAUAAAUAGCAACCAUAAAUGCGGCAGUUUGGCUAGGAGCAGACAGAUCAACCCAGCAGAAGACUAAGUAAAUAGUCUUCUAGUAAAUUGCCCGAUACUCAAAGGUAAUGACAAAGGCAUCAAGCAGAUCUCACUAGGGAGGGAUCUAGUCCAUCUUCAUGAAACUACAGGACUGGUCACCUACCUAACCUCUGCAGGUAUGGUCUACCUCCUCUCAGUGAUGUCAGCUGCUUGAAAAGGUUCAUAUGGGGUCAAGUGACCUUCCAAGUACACUGGUCCCAAGCCACUUAGGGUAGAGGUGGAGAACCAGAUAUUUUUGGGACUCCCUUAACCCCGGAGUAGCAUGGCUAAUGGUCAGGGUUGACAGAUAUUAAAUUCCAGCAGCAUUUGGAGACCACAAGUCCCCCACCCCUGAUUUAGGGAUUUAAUCAUCUUAAGAACCAAUAGCAGUUUAAUCUGUCUUGGAUCCAGCUGUCAGCAGGAGAUUCCAGCUACCAGCAGGAUUGAUUCUAAAAUUCGGUAGGUGUUGGGUUGGAAGAGAUGGUGCUUGGCCUCUGAAUCCACCUUCAUUGUCACGGCUUUCUUUCAGGGGAAGGGCUUCCUCCCACUGGCGAGCUUCACAUCUGGGUGAAGGAUGCGCAGAACAUCAUUCCCCACCGGGGCAGCACAGCAGACUCUUUUGUUCAGUGGUAAGUGCCUGUUGCUGUUGGGUCCCUUCCACAUGACCUGUCUAUUGAGCAUGCAUCCUGAUCUGUUUGCAGAGUUUACAAAGGGGAGCUCAGUCAAUGCCUGUUAUUUAUUUAGCAUUCAUUCUGACUGGUGUGCGUUAUGCAAUGUUGCAUCAAGCCGUUGCCAUCCCACAUUUCCCAGUGAAUUUCGCCAUCACUUUCCUUGUUGCAAAAAUCCUGAUUUUGGGGUGGGGGUGGGGAAGCGGGUUUGUUACAGCCAACAGAACCAAAUCAGCUUUUAAUUAGGCAACCUGGAUUUGCCAGGAUGUGAUUGGAUCCCAUCAAUCUGGAAUUGUCCUUAAGCCCUCUUGCAGUGGGGAAGGGGCUAGGGUUAAUGGAGGGGAAGGGGUGGUUCAAAUGCUAAGCAGGGCACUGUAUGCAGCCUGAUGUAUAGUUACAAGAGCACGUUUCCCGCUUUGGACUCAGAGUGGGCAAUCACAGUUUGGUUUUUAGAAUGAGCUCCUUGCCUGUAGAAAGCCAGCACAGCAGGGACACAGCUCUGGUGAGCCUGCUCUCCUUGCCUGGCUAGUUUUCUAUCUGCAGGGAGUCAUUUUGUUUCUAAGGAGGGACCUUCUGAACUGCAAUCCAUCACCUGCACUGGGUUCUCUCCUGGUCCUACCUGACGAUGCAGGGCUUGAGCCUGUGACCACCUGCAGUCAAAGCAGAUCCUCUGGCCACUAGGCUUCAGAACCUUCCUUGUCUCCCCUUGCAGCUACAUCCUCCCCGACGACAGCAAGGUGAGCCGGCAGAGGACCCGCAUCGUGAAGAAGAGCCUCAGCCCCACUUUCAACCACACCAUGGUUUAUGAUGGGUUCCAGGCCAAGGACUUGGCUGAGGCAUGUGCAGAGUUCACCAUCUGGGACCAGGAGACAUUCUCUAAGCAGCAGCUCGGAGGCAUCCGGCUCAGCCUUGGCACCGGUGAGGUAGCAAAGUGUUGUGGGAAUGUUGGGUUUUGAGUUUUAGACUGUUGAGGGUUGGGUGGGUGUGUAUUGAAUCUGCACCUUAUUGAGGGAAGGAAAAUGAGCCAGGUUCUGGAUUCCAGAUUAGAGGGGGGCCUUAGUACAAUGUCCCCAAUCCCUCAGUUGGGUUAUGUAGGCCUGGUGUCAAACAGUAACAGAGUUCCAGUUGGCAGUGGAGAGGGGGGCCAGGGACUCUUAACUUUCCACAAUGGCUGAGAGUGUUGUGGGAAUUGUGGGAAAUUUAAAGGGUGCUCCCCCAGAGUAUUGAGAGUAUUGGAGGGGAAACAGUUUAAUGGAGAGGUGGGCAGGACAGAGGGUGCCCAGAAAUGCCACGUUCUGGUGCCUUGCAAUACACCUUUCUGUCUGAUGGUCACACAGGGAACAGCUACGGCCUGCCCGUCUCCUGGAUGGAUUCGACGGAAGAGGAGCGCCAUGCCUGGGAGAUGGUGUUCAAGCAGCCUGGGCAGUGGGUGGAAGCGAGUCUUCCCUUGAGGACCAACUUGAACCCUAGGACCUAA